CGUUUCCGGUCCCGAGAUGGCGGCGCCCGCGGAGGUUGCGGAGCGGCAGCCCCGGCCCCGGCCCCGCACCCGGGAUGUGCUGCUGCCCGGCGGCCCCGCAGACUUCGGGUCGCUGCUGCUGUCGGCACCGGUGCUGUCGGGGCUGGAGGCGGCGGGGUUCCGCAGGCCGUCCCCGGUGCAGCUGAAGGCCAUCCCGCUGGGGCGCUGCGGGCUGGACCUCAUCGUUCAGGCCAAGUCCGGCACCGGUAAAACCUGCGUGUUCUCCGCCAUUGCCCUGGAGGCCGUGCUGCUGGACAGCCCCGCCACGCAGAUCCUGAUCCUGGCUCCCACCCGCGAGAUUGCCGUGCAGAUCCACGCGGUUAUCACCACGAUUGGGAUUAAAAUGGAAGGCUUGGAGUGCCACGUCUUCAUCGGGGGGACCCCUCUGAACCAGGACAAAGCCAGGCUCAAGAAGUGCCACAUAGCAGUGGGCUCCCCAGGCCGGAUCAAGCAGCUGAUAGAGUUGGAUUACCUGAACACAGCCAGCAUCAGGCUCUUCAUUCUUGAUGAAGCAGACAAGCUGCUGGAAGAAGGCAGCUUUCAGGAGCAAAUCAACUGGAUUUACUCCUCACUGCCAGCCAAUAAGCAGAUGCUGGCAGUUUCAGCCACUUACCCUGAAUCAUUAGCUGAUGCUCUGACCAGGUACAUGAGAGAGCCAACGUUUGUCAGGUUGAACCCUACUGAUCCCAGUCUCAUUGGGCUGAAGCAGUAUUACAAAAUUGUGAAUUCCCAUCCCCUUCCACACAAAACAUUUGAGGAAAAAUCCCAGCACCUGCAGGAGUUGUUCAGCAAGAUUCCAUUCAACCAAGCCUUAGUCUUCUCCAACUUGCACAGCAGGGCUCAACAUCUUGCAGAAAUACUGACAUCCAGAGGCUUCCCUGCUGAGUGCAUCUCAGGCAGCAUGAACCAAAACCAACGGCUUGAUGCCAUGGCUAAAUUAAAGCAGUUCCACUGCAGGGUUCUGAUUUCCACAGACUUGACAUCUCGUGGAAUUGAUGCUGAGAAAGUCAACCUGGUUGUCAACCUGGAUGUGCCCCUGGACUGGGAGACCUACAUGCACCGCAUCGGCCGGGCUGGGCGCUUUGGAACUUUAGGCCUGUCUGUGACCUACUGCUGCCGUGGGGAGGAGGAGAACCUGAUGAUGAAGAUCGCUCAGAAGUGUAAUCUUCAGCUGCUCCCUCUGCCAGAGCCCAUUCCUCCUGGGAUGAUGGAGCAGUUUGAAGAUGGGGAUGUAGAAGUCAAACCUGUUGGGUGUGCAGGUGCCUCAGUCUCUUCUGACACUGGGGGUGUUAGACCAGAGGAGCCAGCACUGCAGCCUGCCCAGAGCAGCUCUUCAGAAGCACCUUGGCCUCUUUCUAGUCCUCCAGUUAAUAAAUCUUCAGCAGAAAAGCCAAAAAAGACUCUGAAGCAAAAGCAGAUAAAGUGCACAAAUUCUGCAAACCCUGAGAAGGGUGGCAAAGCCCCCCAGACUUCUCAUUGCUGCACAGAGCAGAGGAAUCAAGUCAAAAGUGUCUCCAGAAGAGAUGGACAAGGGAAGACUCAGUCUCCAGAUGAGGAGGCCUUAAAAAAGAGUCUUCCCAAAAUUCCAUGCUUGUCUUCUUUCAAAAACCACCAGAACAGUCCCUGGAGCUUCUCAGCAUUUGUUGAAGACUAUGAGUAUUUCAUUAAAGAGGGAAUGGAGAGGGAGGUUGAAAUAUUAAGAAGCUUUUCAGGGCCGGGAGGACAGGGUGAGCUCCCCAGAAAUGGGGAUGUGGAGUGGAAGGAGGUGGAAGAUACAGAGCCCAUGGGAAAUGAUGAGGUGUCUGGUGACAGUGAUGGAUCAUACAGUUCCAGGGCUUCCUCCUUCAGCAGGGAAAGUGACUCAAGCUGUGGAUCAUUUUCAGAUGCUCAGGAGCAGAAUUCUGUCCCCACCAUGGGCCAGGGGGGUGCAGCCUUCUGUCCUGCACCAGAGAGGCCUCAGGAGGUGCCACAAAUCCCAAAGCCAAACCAAACGAAAAAGAAGGUUCUGAAACAAAAUGCUAAACAAAAGAAAAACCAGAACCAUCAACUCCCUGGUCCUGCCAGGAGGAAAACUGAAGAUAACUGCUGCUCCUGCAGCUCUUGGGAUGAUGGUGUUCCCGGGGAGGCUUGGAGUUACAAAAACUACUGGAAAUCUUACUAUCAGGCAUGGCAAAGCUACUACGAGGCAGUGGCUCACUACAGGAAGAGUUACAGACAGUUCAGCUGGAUGAAUGCCUACCACCUCAACUCCAUCUACCUCCAGGAGCUGCUGAAAAAUGGGGAUUGAUGGAAUGACCCUGCUGGAGGGCAUUGGCAGAUAGGAACAAACCUUCUUUAACAUAGGAGGAAAAUGUUGUUGUCCUUUCUGUAAGUGAGCUGUGUCUGGGUAAAUGUUUUAUAUUCAUUCCACUGAUGGUGUUGCCACAAGUUGUUAAUAAAAGGAAAUG